UUCCUUGGGCCUGAAGCUACGUGCAUUCGGCCAACGAUUCACCCGAUGGCUCCUGUCAUGUGAUGGAGCAAGCGGAGUAUGCCAAGGUCAUCGUCCGGGCCUUCCGGAAGUUUGACCUCAACGGGGAUGGCCGCAUCAGCCAGGAGGAGUUGAAGCGGAUCAUGAUGCUGCUGGACCCUUCCUUCACCCGGGAGGAUUUGGACAGCAUCUUCGUGGACGCGGACCCGAGCAAGGACGGCUUCGUGAGCUUCGAGGAGUUUGCCCAUUGGGCCACGGAGCCCCAGGGCAUCUUUGGCAUGGUGCCGGCCAACGCCGCCGUCGUCAUGUCCAAGGAGGAGCGAGCGGCCGUCCGGAUCCAGGCUGCUGCACGAGGUAGAGCUUCACGCCGGCGCCCGGUGAAGAAGCGAGAAUCUCCGGAGAUGCCCGAGGUGCAGGCCAUCUCCCUGGCGGAGCUCUGGGAGGGUCUCGCCUUCGAGCGCGGGAGCCUCCGCCAGCGCCUGGAUUUGUACGAGCUGAUCAGCGGCUUCAACGGGUGCAAGAGGACAGGGCUGUCACUGGACCUGGGCUACAUCUUAGCACCGGAGGCGCUGCGCCAGGACCUCUUCCCGGAGGAGGUGAACCAUCUGGCGCUCAUGAUCUGCGCCAAGGGCGCCCGGCCCCUCACCGAGGCGGAGGCCUUUGAGGAGAUCGCACAGAUCAAGGAGCACGUCCGGGAUUUGCCAGCCAUUCGCGUGGAGGAAGUCAUGGCGUCCAGGCACUUCCGGGACCUCGUGCGGUUGAUCUCGGCGCUCAUGGGGGUGGCGAGCCCGGUGAUCGCCUUCCAAUGGUACUGGUUCGAGUUUGCGCUCUUUCAGCCGACGGUGGAGGUCUUGGAGCUGUUGCUGACCAAUACGGUCUACACCAAGUCCCGGCUGCAGGUCAUCGCCCACCGGCAGGGCCUGGAUUCGGAGUCGGAGCUCAAGGGCAAGCUCCUUGGGCUGCCCUUCGCCCUGCGGGACCUGAUGCUUUUGGUCUACAACGGUGGCCUGGCCGCCCAUGCCGAGCUGCCAUCCAUGCACCCCUCUGAGGUGCAGGCGCUGUGGCCGCGGCUCAUGAGGCAGAUGCCGGCGCUGCUGCAGCGCCACGGGGGGAUCAGGAAGGCGGUGGCCGCUGGCCGGAUGUGGCAGGAGCAGGACGAGCUGGCGCCUUUGGAGUCGGCGCCCAAGGAUGGACGCCGCCCGUCCAAGGACCGCCGUCCGUCCGGCAGCGCUGCCGGCGCUGGCAAGGAGCAGGACCACGAGAGGGUGUCCCUGACCGGGGUCCAGGAGUUCUCCGUGCUGCUGGAGAAGCUCUACGAGAACGAGAAGCUGAAGAGCCGCUUCUCAAGCCCCCUGGAGAUGAUUGUCAGCAGCGUCCUCCACGCGCAGAGUUGCGGCCACAUCUGGGAGGAGGAGAAGUUCUCCGAAGCCGGCGCACCUCUGAAGUUCUGAGUCCGUUUGAAACGCGGCUCGCCGCCAAUGAAUGCCAUGCGCAGGAACGCACAGCCAACCAGAAAAACCCGUUGCGGUGACUUGCAGGGUGUCCUGAAGGGGAAC